CGGCGGGCCGGGAGGCGCGUGCGAGUGCGAAGGCCGGUGGUGGGCCGGUGGUAGAGAGGCUGCGGGCGCCGCUGGGGAGCUGGGUGCGGACGUGUCCGGAGGUCGGGUUCGGCGGGUGCUUCCAUAUGAAGUAUAUGGUGCUCGUGUACGAAUCGGGUCGUUUGCGUGUCGUCGUGAGCACCGCGAAUCUGCUGCCGAUUGAUUGGAGUGACCUUGAGAAUGCUGUGUUCAUCCAGGACGUUUUCCCUGUGUCUCCUGGGCGUUCUUCCACUUCCAAAGGGAACGGAUUCGCAACAAUUCUUCAGACUGUGCUGUUGAAGACCAAUGCUGGGGCCGGGUUAGAAUUCCUGAGCAAAUCGAUGGAUCUCCCGAUCAAGGAUGUUUCGGACAUCUCGACUAUGUGGGACUGGAAUCAGGUCAAAGCAGAGCUUGUUCCCAGCUUUAUCGGCAAAUGGCAAGACUGGAAGACAAUCAAAGACCCAGAAAUGGACAUCCUCGACUGAUGCAUGCCGUGCAGUCUCUAGGAUUGACGAUCCCCACGAAUGCCCAGCUCAAGCUUGAAUGCCAGGGCUCGAGCAUCGGCGUGUACACCACCCAGUGGUUCAACCAAUUCUACACCUCCGCGUGCGGGGACCCGAGCGCCCUCACAUCUCAUCUCGGCAUUCCUGAGCCGCAAAGGAAGAAGCUCGCCUAUCCAGCUGGCAUCAGCGUCGUGUUUCCGACCCAGCAGACGGUCAACGACGCCGAGAGGCGCGGUGCGACGUCCAUGUUCUGCACGCGCAAGAAAUGGAAAGCGAGGAAUUUCCCGAGGGAGGCUUUCCGGGACUCGAGGAGCAGAGGCGGUCGCGUCCUUAUGCACACCAAGAUGAUUCUGGCUGAGAUCGGAUCGGAUGGCGUGCGGCCCAGCGCCAGCGGAUGGGUAUAUCUGGGCUCGCAUAAUUUCACCUCCGCGGCCUGGGGGAAUUUAUCGGGCACAUCGAACUUGCCUGUUCUCAACAUCAACAACUUUGAGCUCGGGGUCGUCAUUCCGAUGCAAACACAGCAAGAGCUCGAGGAGAUAUCUGCUUGGGAGCGCCCACCGAGGAAGUAUGGCCCGGGUGAUUUGCCAUGGUUCAAAGAAGGACUGAGCUUGUGAUUCAUUUAGCAAGCGAUUGAGAUCUAGAAGCCGUGGUUCAUGAAUCAUUUUUUUUGCACCCG